AUGAAGCCAUCAGACUUUACCCCUUGCAAUAGGCAUAAAGAUUUAUACUGCUCAGGUGAUACAAUUGGAUUUAGACAAUCAAUCGUAACAUUUGACUUUACUUUAUUAAAUGGUUGUAACUUGGCUUGCAGAGAAAUCCUUACAGAGGCAUACAAAAAAGUUAUUGGAGAGGUUCAAUCAGAGUUGGAUUAUCAGUUAUCAAGAGUUCCAAAUAGUAAUGGUUACUUUAAAGAUCCACACGAACAAGAAGGCUAA